AAAAAAUAAAUUUUGAAAAGGCCGAAAAAAAAUAAAAGGGGUUUCCGGGAGAGGGCAUUGUGCGACCGGGAAGGAUUCAACUCACCGAGAGAGGGAACAGCUACGACGGUGGGUCUAGGUGUCUGGAAGUGACCGGCAGCGAUUUCUGUGGCUGAAAAGAGGUGAAGAGGAUUUAGGUUGUCAACAUGAAGGCGCUUAUUCUCGUUGGAGGGUUUGGUACACGAUUGAGGCCUUUGACACUCAGUGUGCCAAAGCCACUGGUUGAAUUUGCCAACAAACCCAUGAUACUGCAUCAGAUUGAAGCUCUCAAAGCUGUUGGAGUAACUGAAGUGGUCUUGGCCAUCAAUUAUCAACCAGAGCUUAUGCUGAAUUUCUUGAAAGAAUUUGAGAAAAAGCUUGAGAUAAAGAUUACCUGCUCACAGGAGACUGAACCCCUUGGUACAGCAGGUCCUUUAGCUCUAGCAGGGGACAAACUGAUAGAUGGCUCUGGCGAACCCUUCUUUGUCCUCAACAGUGAUGUUAUAUGUGAGUACCCACUGAAAGAAAUGAUUGAAUUCCACCAAAGUCAUGGAGGGGAAGCUUCCAUUAUGGUAACCAAGGUCGAUGAGCCAUCAAAAUAUGGUGUGGUGGUUAUGGAAGAAACUACAGGAAAAGUAGAAAAGUUUGUAGAGAAACCAAAAAUAUUUGUGGGCAACAAGAUCAAUGCUGGAAUCUACUUGUUGAACCCAUCUGUUCUGGAUCGGAUUGAACUGCGCCCCACCUCAAUUGAAAAAGAGGUCUUUCCCAAGAUUGCAGCAGAGCAAAAGCUCUAUGCAAUGGUCUUGCCUGGGUUUUGGAUGGACAUUGGACAACCGAAGGAUUACAUCACUGGCCUAAGACUGUACCUGGAAUCCUUGCGGAAAAAAUCAUCAGGAAAAUUGGCAAGAGGGCCUCACAUUGGGGGAAAUGUUCUUGUUGAUGAGACUGCUGCAAUUGGGGACGGAUGUCUUAUUGGACCUGAUGUAGCCAUUGGCGCAGGAUGUGUAAUUGAGUCGGGGGUUAGGCUCUCACGCUGUUCUGUAAUGCGAGGAGUUCGAAUAAAGAAGCAUGCUUAUAUCUCCAGUAGUAUCCUUGGAUGGCAUUCCACUGUUGGGAGGUGGGCUCGAGUAGAGAACAUGACAAUCUUGGGGGAAGAUGUUCAUGUUGGUGAUGAAGUUUAUACUAAUGGGGGUGUUGUCCUGCCUCAUAAGGAGAUAAAAUCUAAUAUUUUGAAACCAGAGAUUGUCAUGUGACAAUUAUGGUGAGACAUAAUUUAAGGUAUCUAUUUUGUUCGGCAUGUUAACUUGA